AGUGGGUUUAUCAGAGCGCGUUGGUUGAAAAGCUGCUUUCUGCUGCUGGAACUUGGGUUUGCUGGGAUGGAAAAAUGGUUAUUUUCUUCAAAUCUCCAAUCAGACGCAAUACUGAAACUACAGUCCAGUUCUUCUGCCAAAUACCGAACCGCCACCAUGGCCAUGAUCGGUGCUGGAUUUGAUGAGCACUCCUUCAGUAGCGACGAAAGUUACGAGCACGUUUACACGGACACAGAGAACUCUGCGGUCAAAGGCUUGUACUUCCAGCGUGCUCGGCUGCUCUAUGGGCCGGCGGCGUUACGCCGGCGCCUCGACCCUUCCCAGCAGGCCCUCGUCAACGUGGGGGGCAUUCGGUACGCCUUCCCCUGGACCACCCUGGAGGAUUUCCCCAAGAGCCGCCUGAGCCGCCUGCGCCUCUGCACCACCCUGAGGGAGAUAGCGGAGUUCUGCGACGACUACGACGAGAUGCGGAACGAGUUCUUCUUCGACCGCGACCCGUUAGCCUUCCGGGCCAUCCUCAACUUCCUGGCGAAAGGGAAGUUACGUUUGCUGCGGGAGGUGUGUAACGUGGCCCUGCACUGCGAGUUGCUGUACUGGGGCAUCGACCUGGAGCAGAUGGAGCCCUGCUGCCGCCACAGGGUCAUCUGCACCUUGGAGGAGGUGACGGCGCACCAGCGCAAGGUGGACGAGUGGCGGGGGAGGAGGAUGGCGCCGAGGACCCCGCUGGUGGACGGCAGCCUCUUCCACAUGCUCGGAGAAGCGAUGGAGAACCCUCAUUCGGGUUUAGCGGGCAAAGUGUUGGCCUUCCUGUCCGUCAUCAUGGUGGUGGUCACCGUGUUAAGCCUGUGCAUCGGCACCAUGUCGGACCAAGAACAGGAAGAGGCCGUGGUACGUAUGAACCAAAGCAAUGGUCAAAAUACAGCGCACUACCCAAAGUUCUGCACAUUCCAUCAUGAUUACGGUGGUCAGUCUUGA